AAAUGGAUAGAGCAAGCUUUAUUCUAAAUGGAAGUUAUUUUUUAGCUAAUCAUUUCCAUACACGGUGACAUUUUCUGACAAAUAUACAGACACCUCCUAUGUCGCCAUUGGAGUUCUAUAAAAGCCUAUAGGGACAGGAAAAGAAUUAGAGAAAAGUGAGUCAGGACAAAAUGGUUUUCCAGGCUCAUACAUCAUGUGGAGUGAGUUGAUACGGUGGCUAAGAAUAAAAUCAAUACAUCGGCCUCUGCCACGAUUUCACACAGUUUGUUCAUAUAGCACUGGCUCCAGUCCGUUCAGAGCAUAAUAAAACAUAGCUCUGGCAGAUUGGAUUCCUGGGUUGGUGUGAGGAAGUGGUGGGAGAUGCACUGGGCACUGGUCAGUGCUGGGUCUGGACUUGGUUUGCUGGACAUAUGAGAACACAUAGGAGACUGGCCAGUAUUUGAUCAAGACCAAGGUGUUCUGUUGGUUGGUCUAGCCUAAUGUUGCCAUGACGACCUGCUUGCUCCAGGGACGGCGGUUCUUCUGCCGAGAAUGGGCAUUCAGCAAAAUUACGCACUACUUGGACAGCAGAUCAACGUCCAAUACAUGCGGGGCCUUAAUGAUGGGAGGACCUGGGUGCGGAAAGACGGCCGUGUGCGCGGAGAUGACGUGGCCCACGGGUCAAGGUCGUCAGCAGGCCCUGAGCAAGAGGAUUUUAGCGUACCAUUUUUGCCAGGCCCAUGACAUUGAGACUUUAUCUUUGACGAAUUUCAUUCUUAGCCUGGUGGACCAAAUUUCAAAAUCUGAUUUAAUAGAGGGAUAUAGGGACGUAAUCAGUGAGCCAGAUGUUAAAGCUGCUCUAAAGAGAGAGACUUGCGAAGUGAAUCCUGACGAUGCUUUUAAAAAAGGAGUUUUGGACCCACUUUUAUCCAUUCCACCACCUUCACAAAAUGUUUUCAUCUUGGUGGACUCCAUUGAUGAGUCGUAUCUUCAGUCUAUCAAUGAUACGGGAACAGGAAGUAAGACUAUCGCAGAACUCUUAGCCAAUCACCAUCAGCUGUUUCCAACAUGGCUGAUGUUGAUUUGCUCUGCGCGAAAACAGAGUAAAUCUGUGACAAGACUGUUUACUGGGUUCAGAAAGAUAAGUCUGGACGAUCUGCGCAAGUCGCAUGUUGUGCGCGACGUUCAGCAGUAUAUUUUGUGCCGACUUGAUCAGGAGCAGGGGUUACGCCAGCACCUUAGUCGAGAGACGGCAGAAAUGCUCAACCAGCUCCAUAUUAAAAGCAACGGAUGCUUUCUCUACCUGGAAAAAGUAUUAGAUGGGGUAGCAGAAAGUUUUAUCAUGCUUCGUGAAAUAAGGGAAAUUCCUGGGACUCUAAAUGGACUCUAUCUGUGGCUGUGUCAAAGACUUUUCGUUAAAAAGCAAUUCCAAAAGGUACAGCCUAUUCUGAAUGUGAUCCUCGCAGCCCGAAGUCCUCUCACAGAGGAGGAGCUAUUCCGCAGUGUAUGGACUGGUAAUACCACUUUGAAUGUGGAUGAAUUUCACAGCAGAAUGGAAGCCCUGUCCAAAAUCAUCUUCAGUGGGCAGGAGGGAACCAAAAUUCUCUUUCACCAUAGUUUUGCCGAGUGGUUACUGGAUGUGAAACACUGCACUCAGAAAUAUCUGUGCAAUGCGGCUGAAGGUCACGGGAUGCUGGCAAUGAAUCUCACUCUCACUGCGCCCCAUCUAUCACCUGAAGAAGUGCACAACUUAGCAUUACAUUUGAGCAAAGCACACCUGGUUGCUCCCACAGAGGGUUUUCAUUUACCCCUGUGGUUGAUCCAGUCGGGCGCCCCUGUUGAGACCAGCCUAAUGGCCGGUGGUUUACCAAAGGAACAACAGGUCACAAAAUUGCUGUUGGAAGCUGGGGCAGAGCUGCCAAAGUCAGCUGAGGAAAGCACGUCGGCAACUCUUGAAAAGAUUGAAAAGCAGGAGAAGAAAAAGUCAGAAUCUUUGAAGGAGCUGGUGGAGAAUGGGGUUGGGAUUAAUGAGGUAGAUGCCACGGGGAGGCCUCUCCUGUGUGCCGCCGCCCAUCAGGGGAACAUAGCCAUGGUGCAGCUGUUGAUUUCACGCGGUGCUGAUUUGGAGGCCAUGGACAAAACUGGACAGACUGCCCUUAAUUUAGCCGCCAGACAGGGGCACAGUGAGAUUGUCUCAAUUCUGAUAAAAGCACAAGCCAAUGGGGAUCAUACUGACACAGAAGGAUGGACGCCGUUGAGGUCAGCUGCCUGGGGUGGACAUACGGAAGUGGUGGGUUUACUCCUCAUAGCAGGUGCCCAGGUGGAUCUGGCAGACAGCGAGAAUCGCACGGCACUACGGGCGGCAGCGUGGGGCGGACACGAAGACAUUGUGCUCAAGUUACUCGAAUAUGGUGCUGAUGUAAACAAAGUGGAUAAUGAAGGCCGGACUGCAUUGAUUGCUGCGUCGUAUAUGGGCCACACAGAAAUAGUGCAACAUUUGCUAGAACAUGGGGCGAACCUGAACCAGGAGGAUUGCGAUGGGCGGACGGCAUUGUCAGUGGCGGCAUUGUGUAUUCCUGCCAGUCAGGGCGGUCUUCAUGCCAGUGUGGUCAGUUUAUUACUGGACUAUGGGGCCGAAGUUGACCACCAGGACAAGGAUGGAAUGACCCCAGUUCUUGUCGCAGCCUACGAGGGUCACCACGAGGUGUGUGAGCUCCUCCUGGAAAACGACGCUGACGUAGACCACACAGACAACAAUGGUCGCACGCCUCUCCUGGCUGCCGCAUCCAUGGGACAUGCCAAAGUGGUCAGCCUGUUGCUGUUCUUCGGGGCCGCCAUUGACACCAUAGACCCAGAGGGCCGCACUGUCCUGAGCAUUGCCUGUGCCCAGGGGAACGUGGAAGUGGUCCAAGAGCUGCUGGACCGUGGCCUGGAUGAGCUCCAUCGUGACAACGCUGGCCUGACACCACUGCAUAUGGCUGCAUUUGAAGGCCACAAAGAGGUUUGUGAAGCUUUAAUCGAACAUGGCUCUAAGGUCAAUGAAACAGACAAUGAAGGUCGAAUUCCACUCAUCGUAGCUGCACAAGAAGGUCAUUUGGAAUGUGUCAGAGUUCUGCUGGCUGCAGGAUCGCUUCUGGACCACCGAUCUCAUGAUGGGAAGAACGCUUUUCGUGUUGCUGCCAUGGAAGGUCACAAAGAGGUCACUGAGCUUUUAAUCCAAGAGGGGACGGACAUGAAUUAUUGUGAUGCAGAUGGAAGAUCCACUCUUUACUUGGUUGCCUUGGAAAACAACCUCGUCAUCACAAAUGCUCUUCUCAAAGGCGGUGCUGAUCCCGAGAUUGCAGACUUCGAGGGUCGAACUCCACUCCAUGUCGCCUCAUGGCAGGGUCACCAUGAGAUCUGUGAAGCGCUGCUCAACUGGGGUGCUAACGUGAAUUCUGUGGACAAUGACUGUCGCACUCCUCUGCAGUCUGCUUCUUGGCAGGGACAUUUUAGUAUUGUUAAGCUCAUACUAGAGUUUGGUGCUGAUGUUGAACACACAUGCAACCAAGGUGCUACAUCCCUGUGUAUAGCUGCCCAGGAGGGGCACGAUGAGAUUGUCCGUCUGUUGCUUCAGUAUGGCGCCAAUGCCAACCAUGCCGAUCAGUGUGGGCGCACACCAAUGCGCGUGGCCAUGAAGGGAAACCAUCAGGGCGUGUGUAAACUUUUAGAGGAAUACGGAGCCUUCCCGUACAAUUCUAACACCCUCAAUUCAACGUCGACUUCGAGCUGUGAUACAAAAACAUCGUCAGGGCCUGCUGUUACCAGCAUUGCUCCCAUUUCUAAUGGUUAUCACGCCACAGCUUCUCCCACAGAGUCACCAGUUUCAACCCUGGAUAAACGCAAAUCCUGCAUGUCCAACAACUCCUCCAAGUCAUCGAGCAAUCUCACAUCCAGCAACUCGUCAACCAAUCAGAGUUGCAAUAGCGUGCCAUGUGACAGCCAAGGUAUGACCUUCACCCAACAGCUUCAGCAGGCUUCAACUGGACGAGGGCGCAAUAGGCUCAGUCGCGUGUUGUCGCCUGUAAGCGAACCCCAAAGCCCAACACAAAGCCCUGGAGGGUCACCAGUGAGCGAGGCCCCCAGUAUGAUAAUAUUGCCAGAUAGUAACAUAGAUAGAAAACCACCUGAGCUACCACCAAAGCAGAACAAGAAGAAGUUGAUCAGCCCUAAGAAAGAGAUCAAAAGGCUUCUCGGAAGUCCAAACAAGGAGAAAGGGGAGAAGGACAGAAAGAAAAGUGUCUCUGCAGUGCGAGUGGACAUUCCAAGAAACUUCAACAUUAUCUCAAACCCGCAUGCAGAACUUUUCAAUGCCAAUGAUGAACCCGUUUGGCAGCCAUUGCCCGCUCACCUUGCCAAAAUACACAGCCAGCAACAAAAGGCAUCCCUGCCUGCAGUGACAGCCAAACAUGUCUCUGCAAAUACUACAAAAACAACCACUGAUCAACCAUCACCCAAAAUAGCACUGGGACUGCGAUCUCUUUCCCCAGAAAUGAGACGCAAAAGAAUCUCCAACGGCAUGGUCUCAAACCAAAGCUUCAAUACCAAAACCAAUGGCAAUGCCAAUAAUGUUGGGACAAGAAAUGGACAAUCAGAUAACACAACAAAUGACAAUAACAUUGCCAAUGGGAAUGGAAUGAUGGACAAUCAGCAGUUGGUGUUGAAACAAAAACUGAAACUUGAGUACGAAGGCCCUGUUCGCCCUAAUGGUUUGCCAUUGAAAAAGGAGACACCUUUAUGACUAGACGUGGGACUGGGGGCCAGGGAUUGAUCUUGUUAUUUAAAAUAGAUAAUAGAUUGUUUGUUUUAGAUGUGUUCAACAAAUGCAGUCAGCUUUAAAUUAUUGUGGGAUUUUAGUUAUUGUUAAGAGAAAAUUAGAAAAAAUGUACUAGAAAAGAUCAGUGCCAUUUGUAGGUACAAAACGUGGACUAGAUAUAAAUCGUGCGCUGUUCAGAUGUAGAGAUAGGCUUAUGAAGUUAUCAACCAAAUAUUAUUUAUAACAAGCCUCUAAUGUCAAAAAUAUUAAGCUACAAUGUGCAAUGUUCAACCUUGUUUGUUUUAUUGACGAUAUGCCAUGAGUGGAAACUGCUAAAAAUUUUAGCUGUGCUUUGCAAUUUGCCAACUUCUGUAUGGUAUUUGAUAUAGUCAUGUCUGCAGUUACAUAAAUGUCUGUCAUUCCGUUUUUUUGUUUUUUGUUUUUUUUUCCACUGAGAAGCAGGGUUUUGUUACUCCUAUGCUCCUCAUGUUUACAACUAUUGUAUGUAAGGUGGCAUCUUGGUAGGAACAGCUUCCCAAGUGCAAACAGAACUAAUUUAUUUCAUUUCUGAAAUCAUUUUAGUAAUACCUGAUAGGAUUAUCAUACUUUCUGAUUUGGUUUAUAUCAUGUUGAAGAAUGUAAUUCAAGCUGAAAAUGUUAGGUUUUAGUGUAGCAGAAGUAUCGGCUAUCAAUAACCAGAUGCUCUCAAGUUAGUUCCAGUUGAAGUUUAGUUGCCUUUUUCCAUUAAUUUAUCAUACCAUUUUUUUUGGGGGGUGGGGGGGCUCCCUUAACAUUCACUGGCACAUAGUCUGUUAUAGAAAUCUUGAUACAUGUGCUAUAAAUUAAUUAUUAAAAUCUGUUACAUAUAUACUUUUGUGUUUUGUGCUACAUAUAGUAUAUGUAGGCAUAUGUGAAUGCAUAUAUUGAUGUACAACUUAUGAGAAAUGUGUAAUGAUGACGGUUUACUUUGUUGUUUAUAUACUAAACAGGUCUCAUGUUUGACCUUAUUUAUAUGUAUUUUUAUAUGUUAAGAUAGAAACUUGUAUAGACUGUAGCAUACCCAGUUUGUUGAAGUUAUAUAUCAGUAGUGGAUCUACGUUUCAUAGGGAAGAUAAAAGGGAUUGAGAGAUAACAAACGUCUUAAGGAAAAAAGUUGCUACUGGUCAUGCAAAAAUUUGGCAAAAAUUGUGAAAAAAUAUAUAAAGUGGGAUGAACAUGCCAAAAGGAGGCAUCCUGGAAUACAAAGAAAAUGGAUGGAAAACAGUAAGGUGAUAAUUAAAAGACAGAGGUUGGGGUAAAUUUCUUUGUGUGUGAAAGGUGUGCUUGUGAGUAAUCUGAUAUUCUUCCCUGUUAAUAGGCUUAUUUGAAAGUGUGAUACUUUUUGUAAACAGGAUUCUGAAAAAAAAUGGGGUCUGCAAGCAUGCGGAGAUGGACAGUAAUUUUGCUAUGUAUUUCAUUAGCUGAAACAUGGCUUUCUCUUGUGUAAAAAACAGCGUGUUAGCUGUGAAACACAAGGGUCUGUUGAUUUGGUGUUUUCUUUGGCUUCCGCCCUUUGCUGAAUGUGUUCAUUAUUCCUACCCGGUUUCAAUUGUAAUGUUAACACUCAAAAUAUAUGCUUCCAUGUUUUAUGCGUCUCUAAUAACUUCAACUUUGCCAGUGUUAAUGGUAUGAAAUUUUGAUCAGGUGGCAUACGUAUAUGUGUCUGUGUGAAUUUCCCUGAAGCAACAAUAAAAUAGUUGUCUCUUUAUACAAA